UAUUUGCUAUUUAUGUACAAUAUAUUAAAUAUAUUAAAUAUAGCAGAUAGUAAUUACUUAUUGACAUAAAUAACUUUAACAACCGGUUGCCAAUACGUAUUCAAGGGAGCGUUUCCUGGUCGUCCUUCGGCCAUUUGUGUGCUUCGAAAAUAAGAAAAAUGUUAUCACGCAUCCCAGCAAAGGCUGUGGUCCACAUUAACACAAGGGCCCUAUCCCAGAGUGCCCCUCGUUUGACCACAGCUGUCACCAGGGUUGACGCCCUAGUUGAGAAGUCCACAAGUCAGCCGGACAGCUCCAAGAUUUCUCAGGCUAUUAAAGAUUUAUGGUACCCUCAAAUAGGCAACCGUGACAUCGUCGGACCAAGUAUAUGGACGAGUCACGACUACCACGACACCCCUGACCAGCCGUACCCGGCAGUGAGGUUUGCAGAAAAUACCAGCGAGGUCCUGGCUCUCAGGGCGAAAGAGAAGGGGGACUGGAAUAGCCUUACCAUGGAGGAGAAGAAACAAUUGUACAGGAAUUCCUUCCGCCAGACAUUUGCGGAGAUGAAUGCUCCCACAGGGAGCUACAAGAGGAUCUUCAUCCAUGUGUUUUACAUUGUGGGCUUCUCCAUUCUCUACCAGCUCUACUUUAGUCUUACUUGUGUCCCACCAAAGGCAAGAGCGUACAGUGAGGAGAUUGAGACGGGCCGCAUGCAGAGGAUGGUCAUGAUGGGAAUGAACCCAGUGGCCGGUCUGGCCUCCAAGUAUGACUACGAGAAGAAUGAAUGGAAGAAAUAGACAGCAGGUGCUUAAGGUUUAGGGUGGAAUAUUUAUAAACAACAAAGUGCCCAUUGCUGAAUUGUUAAUGACAUUUCAUGAAGAUCAAACACAAAAGAUAUGUCAAUUGUGGUGUUAAUUAUUAAUAUGUAACAAAGUGCCCAUUUCUUAAUUGUUAUGGGCAUCAAUUGAGAAAGAAAAACUUGAAAAAUAAAUUAACUGUAAAUAAAGAAAACUUUGGUUGCCUGUAACAUGGGAUGAUGUGUUUUUAUGUUUCAGAAUUUGAAUAAAUUAUUUGAAAAUGU